AUGGAUCAUCAUCAUCAACAAUGGUCAUGUCCAUACGUUUUCAAGAUCAAGAAAUUACAUUUCUUCUUUGUUCGCAAGGAGGAGAGCGAGACGCAUGACAUCACGAGCGUGGCUCUUGAGGCGAGAUCGAGCUUGAAAUGCCCUAAGGGCAGAGAAGCAGUGGAAGAGAUGAGGAUUGUUGCAUAA